CGGCGGCACCAAGCGGGCACCGCAGGCUCCGUCCCCGCCACCGCCCGCCCGCCGCAGGCCGCCAUGGCCGCGCUGCACGCCAAGGCCGGCGGCCCCCCGCAGAUCCCCGACACCCGGCGGGAGCUCGCCGAGCUGGUGAAACGCAAGCAGGAGCUGGCGGAGACGCUGGCAAAUCUGGAGCGGCAGAUCUACGCCUUCGAGGGCAGCUACCUGGAGGACACGCAGAUGUACGGCAACAUCAUCCGCGGCUGGGACCGCUACCUCACCAACCAGAAGAAUUCCAACAGCAAAAACGACCGGAGGAACCGCAAGUUCAAGGAGGCUGAGAGGCUCUUCAGCAAGUCCUCGGUCACCUCGGCGGCGGCGGUCAGUGCAUUAGCUGGAGUUCAAGACCAGCUCAUUGAGAAGCGGGAGCCAGGCAGUGGGACAGAGAGUGACACUUCUCCAGACUUUCACAAUCAGGAGAAUGAGCCCAACCAGGAAGAUGCUGAAGAGCUGGAUGGAUCCGUGCAGGGGGUGAAACCCCAGAAAGCUGCUUCCUCCACUUCUGGGAGCCACCAUAGCAGCCACAAAAAACGGAAGAACAAAAAUCGACACAGUGCCAAGAGUUAGGAAGAAACUGCCCUACUGAAAGGUUGUGUUGCUUUGGGGUUUCUUCUGCAUUCCUUCCACUGAAGCAGCUCGUACUGGCUACUGUCGGAGACAGAAUAUUGGACAUGAGGAGCCCUGGUCUGAUCUGGUAUGGCACUUCUUAUCAUCCUAAGAGAUACAUGAGUCACAUCUAAAUUACAGAAAGGUUUUUGCAAUUAGUAGUUGACUAUUCUGUAAUGCUUAGCAUGGACAGAUGAUGAAGAUAAUUCGAUUUGUCUGUAGCACAAACUCUGUUAAAAUUGUGAUUGCUGUUAAUGACUAUCCCCUAAAUUCCAGCAGAAGAGACGAAGCAAUUUUCAAGUAUAUCUAGGUUUUAACAAAACAAAAACCAGUCCCAACCUUUUUAUGGCAGGUCUUGUUCAGAAGCUCUUUCAUUUACCAGCAUACAUCCGAGUUCUGCUCACCUGUUCCUGAAGAAUUAGACAGUGCUGGGAACAGACACCCUGGAGGUGUACCAACUCCACUUGCAUAGCUUAGGUUUUCCUAAUUUAAUUGCCAUCAAGAGCAGUGGGGAAAGUUGGAUUCAGACUGGGCAGAACUCCCAUGAACAGACGGUUAAAUUUCUAACAGUUAAAGAGGGAAUCAGAUGGAAGUGUUUCUGUUAAAGCUGUCCUCUCUUCCCUCAGACCACAAAAGGCCAAGAUGAUUAUUUUCUGUGGUGAGCAAUUUUCCUGGCUACACAGUGUUUCAGGAGUAAACAAUACUGCAACCUUGUAGAAAUUUGAUGCUGAGAAGCUUCUAAGUUACAGAUGAGUUGAUGAUGAGUCCUCUCUGACCAAUACAGCUGUUAGCUCUGGGACAGAACUGCUUUUAGAGUUGUGUUGUGGUGUCAGGGUGAAUGCUGAGACGUGGGGUGGGAAUGUAACCAAACUGUAAUUAGAUUCGGCCAAUUCACCGUGUUAUCUUUUUAGCUCUCUAAAGGAAAUGAGUGUAAGAGGAUGUGUGGAUGUGUGUGCAUUUUGAGAACAUUUGAAUGCAUAGUUGGACACAUAAGUUUAUGGUUGUCGCCACCUCUCUGCCUGAACAAGCUUUGCUUUGCUUAGUAAUCUAGACAAAGCCACUGCUUUCUGACCACCCAUUUAUUUGUUUUUGCAA